AGUCAUUAGCUACACGACUUCCUGUGAGCUAUUCGAGCAAAGCUUGAUGUGAAAUGGUUUGACACCACAUCACAAGUGUUUGUAUGAGCCAGAUGCAGUUCCCCUAUGAGCACACAAUGAUGUAGAUCGCUGCGGUUAUUCAUCAUGAAACAGAACAUAUCUUUGGACAUCACCUCUGAGGGUGAUCUCCCACCAGUAUUCAAAACAGUCAGCCUGGUGUUCUACAGCAUCAUAUUCUCUGUAGGAUUGGUGGUCAAUCUCACAGCCAUCUGGGUCUUUGCUCUAACUACGAAAAGAAGGAGUUCGGUCACCAUUUACAUGAUCAAUGUGGCUGUGGUGGACCUCAUCUUUAUUGUCCUGCUUCCUUUCCGAAUGGUCUACUACAGCAUGGACUAUUGGCCGUUUGGUGAUAUGUUCUGCAGAAUCAAUGCAGCAUUAACCGUACUCUAUCCAAGUCUGGCUCUCUGGCUCUUUGCCCUCAUUAGUGCUGACCGCUAUGUAGCCAUAGUUCAGCCACGGCAUAGCAAGGAGCUCAAGAAUGUACACAAGGCCUUGCUGUCUUGCAUCGGAAUCUGGAUCAUGACCCUCGGUGGUGCCGCGUCACUUCUUUUCUUGGAUGGAGAUCCGGACGAAUUCUCCAACCACACCACCUGCCUGAAGAUGCAUGACAUUGUCUACCUGCGCCGUGACAACUCAGUCCACUUCGCUCGUCUAGCUUUCUUCUUCUUAGUGCCAAUGCUUAUUAUGGUGGGUUGUUAUAUCAUCAUUGUGGAAAACCUGAUGCACGGGCGCACAUCCAAGCUCAAGCCUAACGUGAAGCAGAAAUCCAUCCGUAUUAUUAUCACACUGAUCAUGCAGGUGCUGGUGUGCUUUGUUCCCUUCCAUGUUUGCUUUGUGCUCCUGCUUUUUGAGAACAGUGGCCAGGACUACAGCACCUGGGGUGCAUUUACCACCUUUCUGAUGAACAUGAGUACAGUGUUGGACAUUAUACUGUACUACAUAGUUUCUAAGCAGUUUCAGGACAGAGUGAUAAGUGUCAUCCUCUACAGGAACUAUUUGAGAAGUGUGAGGAGAAAGAGUCGACACACAGGAAGUGUACGUUCUCUCAGUAACCUUACUAGUGCCAUGAUUUGAUAAAUAUGACAUGGUUUGAACACAUGAGAAAAGUAUAUUUCAAAUAGAUGAUGAUUGCAAAUCGUCUCAAAAAAGAGCAACAUACGCAAUCUUGGAGACUUUCACUUUUGUUUGCUGCAAUAGUUUAGCACUUUUCUAAUCGAAGGCUCUUUCUAUGGUGGGCAUGUUGGGUUCUGCAAAUGUUGCUUUCAGUUCACUCAUGAAAGUAAAAUGAAGGUGAACCACCACAACUAUGAAUAAUCACAUGCUAGACCAUCGCUUGAAAGAAUCAAGGAAAUCUUUGUACUCCAAAAAUAUGCAUAAUGUACAAAAUAUACAAUCUAUAUAACGCAAAA